UGGGUCUGUUUGCAUAUCAGUGUUUAUCACCUGUGGUCAGGUGAACACUUUCACUUCAGAGACAUAAGCACACUCAGGUUUCAGGCUGCAGCAAAGACACAUCGGCUCUCAGCUGACAGAUGAACUGAAGACAUGGCUCCAACUCUGUUUGAACAUGAUGCAAAGCCCGGAGACCUGAUCGAGAUCUUCCGUGGGACCUAUGAGCACUGGGCCAUCUACAUCGGUGGAAAUGAAAUUGUUCAUUUGAUUCCUCCAAAUGAAGAUUCAGGGGCUCUGGGUGGCCUGUUGACCCUCCUGGACAGCAACACAGCACAGGUGAGACGUCAGAAGAUCUGGGAAGUGGUCGGCCACCAUCGUUUCAUCAUCAACAACUUCCUGGAUGAUGAGUACGAGCCUCGUGAGCGCCACCUCAUUGUGAGGGACGCCUGCAGGAUGGUGAGCCAGGAGUUGCCGUACUCUGCCAUCUCCCACAACUGUGAGCACUUUGUCACAGAGCUACGGUACGGCAAGUCAGAGUCUCGACAGGUCAAGAGAGCAGCGGCGAUCGGAGGCAUAGCUGUAGCAGGUGUCGGCAUCGUAGCUUUGGGCGCCGCUCUGUUUGCCUCUUUGCUCAAAGAUGACGACAAGGAAAGGAGACAUCAUAAGUGAGACGGCGAGAUGAAAGAGAAGAUCUUCUCCACCGUUUGAGACCUUUCAUCCCACAGUGAUUAUGAUUUAGACUAUGUGAAUGAUGUAUCACACAUGUGUGAACUAAAGAAGGUGACAACAUACGACCUCGGAAAAAAUUGUUAUAGAUGAAUCCAUGGCUGUUAUAAUGUAUAUUUGAUACUAGUGUUUUGAGUCGGGCAGGUUCACUUCAGGUUAGUUUAAUGUCUGACAUGUAUUUGAUUCCCUUGUCAUGUCAGAUCAUUUAUAAACAUUUACAAAUCAAGUGAAGUAAUCUUAUUUCAAGACUUGAAUCCGUAAGCUGUAAAUAUAGUUUGUUUCUAUGAACCAUUUAUUACAUUCUAACUCUUUUUAUUAGUUUCUUUUUCAGUUAAUCCAUAACUGUAUAUUUACUGUGUUGAUUUGUGUAAAAAUAAAUGGAAAGAUUUUCAGGAGAAGA